GCUGCAUAAGCCCGGCGCUCUGCCCGCUCCGAGGUCCGCGCGGCCGAAGCGGUGCACGAUGGCUUGGGCGGCACGGAGCUGCCCCUGCCUUCUCCUCCUCCUCUUCCUGCUGCUGCUGGUCGCCCCCGCGCUGCCGGGCCCCGCGGGUUUCCAGGAGGUUUCUCAGUUGUCUUCCUACGAAGUUAUAAUCCCACAGAAGUUAGGAAGAGAGCGACGAGAGACCUCCAAUGUCUCCUCAACACAGGACAAGGUGUCAUAUGCUAUUGAGAUAGAAGGAAAAGAAUACACAAUCCAUCUGGAAAAGAACAAGGAUUUGUUACCCAAGGAUUUUACAGUUUAUACCUACAAUAAGGAGGGGAAGUUGCAAUCUGAAUACCCAGAUGUCCAGGAUCACUGCCAUUACCAGGGAUACGUGGAGGGGAUCCUGGACUCUGUUGUUGCUGUCAGCACUUGCUCAGGGCUCAGGGGUUUGGUGACAAUAGGGAACGUCACCUAUGGCAUUGAGCCCAUGGAUUCAUCCUCUGGCUCUGAACACAUCCUGUAUUCAUUGGAUAAUGUGAAGAAAGAGCCCUCGACGUGUGGAGUAACCACUGAAGGCCAUGAAGAGGGAGAACAUACAGGAGAAAAUCACCAUCCUAGUAUGACUCAGCUGCUACGAGUAAAAAAAAGAGCCAUCCUACAUCAAACGAGAUACGUGGAGCUAUUCAUAGUUGUGGAUAAAGAAAAGUUUGAAGAUUUUGGGAAAAGUGAAACAGAAGUAAGAGAACAUAUGGUGCAGUUGGCAAACUUCCUUGACAGCAUGUACAUCAUGUUGAACAUCCACGUCGUGCUGGUUGGCCUGGAGAUUUGGAAGUAUGAGAACAUCAUUAGCACAGAUGGAGGUGCUGGUGAUGUGCUGGCAAACUUUGUGCAGUGGCGAGAGAAGAACCUUGUUUUGCGCCGGAGGCACGACAGCGCCCAGUUUGUUCUGAAGAAGGGGUUUGGUGGAACAGCUGGAAUGGCCUAUGUUGGAACAGUGUGCUCCAAGAGCCACGCAGGAGGCAUUAAUGUGUUUGGAAAAAUCAGUAUACAGAUGUUUGCUUCAAUUAUGGCUCAUGAGCUGGGACAUAACCUGGGGAUGAACCAUGAUGAUGAAAGGGUCUGUCACUGUGGAGCAAGCAGUUGCAUUAUGAGUUCUGGAGCAUCAGGGUCAAGGAACUUCAGCAGCUGCAGUGCAGAAGACUUUGAGAAGCUGACCCUCAACAAAGGGGGAAGCUGUCUGCUUAAUGUUCCCAGGCCUGAUGAAACCUAUACCAUCCCCUACUGUGGGAACAAGCUGGUCGACAUGGGGGAGGAAUGUGACUGUGGGUCACCAAAGGAAUGUGAAAGUGAUCCUUGCUGUGAACCAGGCACGUGUCGGCUCCGGUCCACUGCUGAAUGUGCCUAUGGAGACUGCUGUAAAAACUGUCGGAUCCUUCCUGGUGGAACUGAGUGCCGGGCGAGUAACAACGAGUGUGACCUUCCAGAGUACUGCAAUGGCACAUCCCAGUUCUGCCAGCCUGACUUCACUGUUCAGAAUGGCCACCCCUGCCACAAGGAGGAAGCAUACUGCUACAAUGGCAUCUGCCAGUACUACGAUGCACAGUGCCAGGAUAUAUUUGGCUCAAAAGCCAAAGCUGCCCCCAACAUUUGUUUUGCUGAAGUGAAUUCCAAGGGUGACAGAUUUGGCAACUGUGGUUUCCAUGGCCAUGACUACAAGAAAUGUUCCAGCUGGAAUGCCAUGUGUGGGAAGCUGCAAUGUGAAAAUGUGGAAACUAUGCCUGUUUUUGGAAUUAAGCCUGCCAUUAUCUGGACUCCCAGUAAUGGCACCACUUGUUGGGGUGUAGAUUUCCAGCUGGGCUCUGAUGUCCCUGAUCCAGGAAUGGUGAAUGAAGGCACCAAAUGUGGUAAUGGAAAGGUCUGUAGGCACUUCCAGUGUGUGAGUGCUUCUGUUCUGAACUAUGACUGUGAUGUGGAAAAGCAGUGUCAUGGACACGGGGUGUGCAACAACAACCGGAAUUGUCACUGUGAGCCAGGCUGGGCCCCUCCUUUCUGCAAUAUUAAAGGCUAUGGAGGGAGUAUUGACAGCGGACCUCCCUAUAAUGACAAAGACAACUCACUGAGAAAUGGGCUGCUGGUUUUUUUCCUGGUCCUGCCUCUCCUUAUAGCUGCUGCUUUGGCAUUUGCAAGGAGAGACCGACUGAAACGAUGGUUUAGAAGGUUAAUGUCACGUUGUCAUUCGUCACUUCAGUCACCACCACCUCCUAGAACAGAAGCAGAACCAAGAGAUUUCCCUCACAGAGGCGUUCCACAUGGCAUGCCUUACCCUUCAAGAGGUGUACCCGUGGACAUGGAGCCAAAUACUUUUCCUGUGCCAUCCUACCCCAUUAACCAGCAUCCUCAGCAGGCUUACCACCAGCCCUACUACCCAUCUCCACAGUACCAGGCCCUGCAGCCACAGAAGCUGCCUGCAAGGCCACCUCCUCCCCAGCAGAAAUGUGUACCUCAGAGACCUCCUCCAUCACAGCAGAAAUGUUUACCUCAAGGACGUUACUUUCCUUCUCGACCGGCACCUUUGCCCCCCAAAUAGCUUUUGACUUCUUUGGGACCUUCACAUGAGCUGACCUGUUCACUGAAGCAAAGCUGAAAUUGCAUUUAUCCUUCUUGCAUCGAGUGGCCCAUGGUAACCCCAGGAGAAGCCUUCCUUCUGCAGCCAUGGAUAAGGCACAAGAGAUAUUGAAACGAGGAAUGUAAACCUUCAAACAAAUACCUCUACCAAAGCUCCAGGAACAGAAAACAUCAAACCUGUUCUUAGAUCUGAGUGUUGUGGCUCUGCAGCAGGGCUGUCCAGCUGGAAGUGCAGCAGUCUGCACUUAAGCAACCCUUUAAGUACAGCGCUCAGGAGUUGCUUUAGGUUUCCCCAUUUCUGCAACGAGCCCUAAAAAUGAAGUUCUUUGUUGUCGUCUUUCUAAAUGUCCGGUGAAGAGUUAAAGUAGUCCAUACCAUGUUGAAAUCAAGGAAAUCUGGCUAAUUAAUCUAAACUUAGUUUGCAUGGACUGGAAAACGUUACCCAUUUACAUGUAAAUGGCACAAGUGGAAUAAGGUAUCAGUGUACUUUAUCAGAGAAAGAUAAAUAUAUUCUAAACACGUUUAUGCAUGUAUAUAUGUUUAUUGAUGUGUAAUAAUGCACUUAAAUUCUUAAUUUCAUGCUGACUGACACUAAACUACGUGAACGUUAAGUUUUAUUUAAUGAUUUUAAAUCAGUUAUUGUGAGUUGCUAAGUGAGAAUCCUGUACUAACUUCCACUAAUACCACAAAUGGGUAGGGAAACAAAGGUACGACGAGACGUGGCCAUUUAUUUUUUUUUUGGUUAAAACAAAUUGAGUUUUUAGCUCUAGGUUUUAAGUUGGACCUGAAGACUCUGAAGAAAUCCCUGCGGAACACUGAGAAGCAAAUAAUGUGAAUCUGCUGAGACCACCUGAGCUUCUCUGAGCACUUUAAGCAGGAGCCUGUUGACUAACGCAGCGUUGUCACCUAAUCUUCAGCCCUUGUUAGUGUCAGUCAGGAUGCUUACCUAGGCUUACUUGCAGCAGGUCGGGCUGCCAUCGGUUUCUGUGCCACUGCUAAACCAGGUUUAAUACAGUUCCCAAAAGAAGUGCUCAGCACUUGGUGUCACGGCUGUGCUGUGGGUAGAAACUGAUGCUGGAGACAAAUAGGAGAAUUAAAACGGGGAAAACAACCCUGGAAGGUGUGCUUGGCUUUUUCACUUUGUGCUGGCCACUGAGUACAAACUUGCUCUGCAAAGAUCCCCCAUAGCAUUGCCAAAAAAAUUCUUAUCUUCUGUAUAUACAUAUAUAAAUAUAUAGAGGGAGAGCGUUUGCAUUUGCAGUAAUAAAAUACUUGAACUCCUGUGGUUUCCUAUAAACAUAGACUAAGAUUUAUAACACUAUUAAAAUCCAUCAGGUGUCACCUCUGCUAUCAGCAGACUUGUCCAUGGGGGUCUUCUGUCUGUCCCAAGAUGUUCCCUGUUCCCAUUGUGUCCCACUCGGGUCAGGCUCUGCCAUUUCCUGGCUCUGCUUUGUGUUUGGCAAUGUGGGUUCCAAAGUGGGGAACUCACAUCACAAAGUAAUCCAGGAUGUCCUUAAUUGUACUUAAAGCUGUACGUGUGAACUAAAACUAUGCUGAAAACGGUGCCUUCUAAUAAGUUUUUAUACUUCAUUGUGCAUGUUAGCAAUAUUUACAGGGUGGUGGUGUAGGGCAAGGAGCGUGCAGUUUUUAGACGUGCUUCGAUGGAAACGGCUCCGAUUUUAAAUGUGUUGAAUAUUGCAGAUGACUACUGAUUUCCUUUUAUAAAGCAUACGUUAUCCCUGCCCCCAUUUGAUUGGGGGAGGCUUCCCACUUACAGUGCUGCCCCGGGAGCAGCAUCCCCCCCCCAUUCCCAUGAGCUUCUGGGACGCAGUGUGUGUGUUUGUAGCACUCGGGUGCCACGGACUUGCUGUACCCAACCUUUGUAAGAGCAAGCAAGCAAUAAACACGCUGGUUUUGUACAAAAA